CUUGUUACCAUGUCUCUUAUUGAAUUCUCAUCAGAGACUAAGACAACCUUGUGGAUGGGUGAUUUAGAGUCAUGGAUGGAUGAAGAGUACAUUCAGCAGUUGUGGUUUAAUUAUCUUGGUAUUCAUGUGCCUGUUAAACUCAUUCGAGAUAGAAAGACAGCUCUUAGUGCAGGAUAUGCUUUUAUAGAUUUCAGUAGUUGUGAUAUAGCACAAAUGAUACUUGAUCGAUUUAAUGGCGUCCUUAUGCCAAAUUCAAACAAGUCAUUCAAGUUGAGCUGGGCAUCAGGUGGAUUGGUAGACAAGAGACAAGAUAACCAAAAGGGAUACUCGUUGUUUAUUGGUGACUUGGAUUAUAAUGCUACAGAAGAUGAUGUUAUGUUUAUUUUCAAAUCUCGUUAUCCUACAUGCAAGUCAGUGAGAGUGAUGACAAGCUACGACUCAGGCCUCUCUCGAGGUUAUGGUUUUGUUCGUUUUACAGAUCCAUCAGAACAACAAAGAGCCUUAGUUGAAAUGCAAGGACAAGUGAUUGGCAGUCGUGCUAUUCGGAUUUCAUUUGCGACACCAAAAAAAUCAAUAUCACAAGGCUCUUCCUUGAUAACAACGCCUACAGAUUCUCCUUUACUGCAGCAUCAAGAUACAAACACAACCGUGUUCAUCGGAGGAUUGUCGGUGCCUAUCACAGAGGAUCAAUUAAAACAAUAUUUUACUCCCUUUGGUGUGAUUGUUUAUGUAAAGAUACCUCAAGGCAAAGGAUGUGGAUUUGUUCAAUAUACGACAAGGUCAUCUGCAGAAUUAGCUAUUCAGCAAAUGAAUGGCUAUCAGAUUGGAAAUUCAAACAUUCGAUUGUCAUGGGGAACCAGGAACCACAAAAAGCAAGCAGAUCCUUCGUAUUUUUCACUACAGCAACAAAAGAAAGCAUACAGCUAUUGGAUGGACGAUCAUAUUUAUGCUCUUUAAACUCUUUAUUACCAUUGCUCAUUUAAACCAGUUUCUAAAUAAACUAGUCCUAUUAAAGUAAUCUUGUACAUUUAGCAUUUGUAUCAGGAUAAAGCGGAUCGUCUAGAGUCAAUUCUUAUUGGCUACAGUUUUAUCAACCAUGUCAUAUAUUUCACAA